AUGCCUUCCCCAAUCUCGGCCCUGCAGGUCAAGUCCAAUGAGGACAGGUCUGUGGAGUUAGGUCAUGGUGAUGGGUUAGGUAAUUGGGUAUCCACCACAUACCCCUCUGUUAAGACCACAGUUUCCAUGACACAGCCUCUCUCUAAUGGAGCCUCAGAGCCCUGCGAAAGUAGGAUCCCGGGCGUUAACCGAGCCUUACCCACGCAGGACGCAGACGGCGGUUUCGAAGGGGACUUGGACUUGGCACCUAUCAGGCCCGCAAUCAAUUACUCGGUAAUUAUUCCGCACAACCUUGCAAUCGGCCCGGGUCGCCGGCGUGCCCACCGGCGUACAGAGUGGGGAAGGUUGAGCGUCCCCCGGGGGCCCCAGCGCGCACCGCGGGCGGAGAGGGCCUCUCCGAAGCCGCUGGAAAGGCCCCCUUUGACCGCGUGCCUGGGCCUAGCGCCGCCGUCUUUAUUGGCAGCCGGAGAGGCUGUUUGGGGAAAUGGAAAAACUUGUGUCGGCGGCGUCAGUCUUGCAAAGAGGGUAGCCAAGCAGUUUGCAGUGCGUUCUGUUCCUCGCGCUGCCGCCACCGCCCCGGCUCCUCGGAGCCUGCAGGGGAAGCGAGAGGGGGAGGAGGUGACCGAGUUCACGUCCCCGCCGCCGCCUCUCCCGGAGUGA